UCUAGGCCAGUUCAAGUUUCCCAGUAACCAGAGAAACAAACGCAUCUACUUUUACUUGUACGACGUGUAACCACUACAUUUGCACAUUAGUAAGAUUAGAGGCUGAGGUCCUGUAGCGGGCUAGCCAGCUGAUCCCAGACCGUAAACAUCUUCUGACAGGCGGCUCUAGGUGUUGGUCUGCCAUGCCAAAGCCCGGGUGACCUGAGGCACUCUCUAAUAACAGGAUCCAGACCUCCAGCUCCUUAUGGCUGUAUAUGAUGAGAACAUCCUGAAGAAUCAUUUCUACGUGGCGUUGGAGAGGCAGAGACCGGACCUCUGCAGCCGAGUGGCAGAGCUCCACGGCAUCGUUCUGGUGCCUUGUUGCGGAAGUUUGGCCGUUAGCAGCUUCUCGGACUCUCAGUUCGACAGCUAUGUCCUGCAGCCUGCUGAGGACGGAUACCACACCGUGGAUGGAAAGGAGGUCAGGAUCCAGGACAGGCAGGUCCUGCUGGGGUCCGGCUUCCCGGCUCCGGCGUCGGUCCCCAUCCUGUUUGAGGAAACCUUCUACAACGACCGGGAGCAGAGCUACAGCAUCCUGUGCAUCUCCAGGCCCGUGGAGAUGGAGCCGAGUCCGGCCGAGGUCAGCCUGCCGCCCCCUCACUGCCUGAAGAGCGUGGAGGACGUCAGGGAGUUCCUGGGCCGCCACGCCCAGAAACUGGACAAGUUCAUCCACGGCUUCUGUCAGGCCUUCAAAGAGACCGAGAGGAAGGGACUCCGACACCACAUAGACUCGGUGAACGGUCUUUACACUAAAUGUCUUCAGUGUCUGCUGAGAGACUCUCAUCUGAAACUUCUGGCGAAGCAGGAGCUUCAGAUGACGCUUCUCAAACAGGCGGUCGAGAUGUACGUUCAUCAUGGUAUCCAUGACUUAAUUUUUAACUUUGUGGGAACGCUUGAAGCCAGUCAGGACGCCGCCUUCAACAAAACCAGCAGGAGUCUGCAGGAGCUGCAGCAGAAAGAGCUGGGAGUCAAACCGGAGUUCAGUAUAAACUUGUCUCGGGCAAAGAGAGAGCUGAGUCAGCUCAACCAGCAGACCUCCCCGCUGCUCAAACUGCUCUGCCUGCGCCGAGUCGCCCUGACCGCCACCCAGACCCCCAGAGGCACCGUCUGUAUAGAGGCUGUGUGUGCGGACGACCUGCUCUCAGUCAUCCUCUACCUGCUGGUGAAGACCGAAAUCCCCAACUGGAUGGCCAACCUGAGCUACAUCAGGAACUUCUGCUUCAGCCACUCCAGUAAAGACGAGCUCAGCUACUGUCUGAGCACCUUCGAGGCCGCGGUGGAGUACAUCAACCUGGGGAAGCUGCAGGACACACACACUGGCUCGGGGGAGCUGAACGACAAGGCCUUGUUCAAAGAGAGGAUGAGUCUGCUGACUCAGAGCACUGCCACGCCCAUCCACUGUCUGUUUGAGCACAUAGCCAAUGGAAACGAAGCCGAGGUGCAACGUUUGCUGAGUGAAGGGGAGAGCAACGAGGAUGUCAGGAUGUGUCAUCCCCUCUGCUCCUGUGACGUCUGUGACCUCCAGCUGUCUGGGCGGCUGAACGACCCGUCCAUCGUCACGCCGUUCUCCAGAGACGACCGAGGUUACACCCCGCUGCACGUCGCCGCGAUCUGCGGUCAGACCAAGCUGAUCGACCUGCUGGUGUGUAAAGGAGCGCCGGUCAACGCCACAGACUACCACGCCCUCACACCGCUGCACCUGGCCUGCCAGAAGGGAUUCCAGGGAGUCACGCUGCUGCUGCUGCACUACAAGGCCAACCCGGACGCUCAGGACAACAACAGCAACACGCCGCUGCACCUGGCCUGCAUGUACGGACACGAGGACUGUGUGAAGGCGUUGGUGUACUACGACCACCAAACGUGCCGCCUGGACCUGCACAACGACAAAGGCGACACGGCGCUGCACAUGGCGGCCCGCUGGGGCUACGAGGGAAUCAUCCAGGUGCUGCUGGAGAACGGAGCGAGCACCGACAUCCUCAACAAGAGCAAAGACUCGCCGCUGCAGUGUGCGCUCAACUCAAAGAUCCUCGUGUUGCUGCAGUCGACUCAGAACGGCCGUCAGCGCGGCGGAGUCGACUCUCCCAGUCGCUCCCCGCUGAUGUCGAACUGCAGCAGCCGCCGCUCGUCCGUCUCCAGCACCUCUUCCCUGGGCUCCGAGGCCAAACCAGAGGGAGAACGGGUACGACACAGAGAGGUGGAGAAGCUGCUGCGUGCCGUGGCGGACGGUGAUGUGGAGAUGGUGCGUUACCUGUUGGAGUGGAUGGACGAGGAAGAGGAGGACGAAGCAGAGCAUCGGUCCGAGGCUGUGCUCUGCCACCCGCUGUGUCAGUGUCCGAACUGCGCUCCCACUCAGAAGUUGUCCGUCCUGCAGGCCGGAGCUCUCGGGGUCAACAGCUGUAACGCUGAUGGUUUCACGCCGCUCCACGUCGCCGCCUUGCACGGCCACACCGCGCUGGCCGCCCUGUUCGUCCGCCACGGAGCCAACGUCAACGCUCGCAACAACCAGAGCGCCACACCGCUGCACCUGGCCUGCCAGAACAGCCAUGUCCAGGUGAUGAGGUUUCUGCUCGAGUGCAACGCCAAGCUGAACAAGAAGGAUCACUAUGGCAACACACCUCUGAUACAGGCCUGUCUCUGUGGAAACCUGGAGACAGCCACCACCCUGUUACAGAGUAAUGCGUUGGUGAACGUGGCGAACCUUCAGGGGAACACUGCUCUCCAUGAGGCGGUGCGGGGCGGACACCAGGCGCUGGUGGAGCUGCUGCUGAGGGGCGGAGCCUCACCCGGCCUCAGGAACAAGAGGCAGAGGACGCCGCUGGACUGCGCCUAUGAGCUGGGCGGAAAGAACACGGAGAUCCUGAGAGCUCUGCAGACAGCGUCCGGGCUUUCUCCCGACGCUGAACCAAUCAAACUCCUCUCUGUGCCCAAAGGAGCUCUGGCUCAUUCGUUCGUCCAGCGUCUGCGGCUGCAGGAUCACGCCAACGGCCGGAGACAGAAGCUGGCCCAGUCCAUCAGCAGGAUGCAGCAGAUGAAGAAGGGUUCCUCUGGUCCUCCCUCCAGGUGUUCAACAAACCAGAACCAGGGGAAUCCAGACAGGCCGAAGUUGAGGCGCAGGGAGACGGUGGAGGUCAGCAGCCCCUCGGCGAGCCUCGCGGCCGGGCCCCGGCUGAGAGCGCGGCCCCUGGGUCGCUGUCACACCCUGGACUCGGGACAACAAACGCCGGAGCCCACACGCGCUCCAGACACGCCCGAACACACUCCGCGAGAAGAGAGGGAUCGGACAGACGACGGGCACGCUGACGGAGACGACGCACAGCCUGACGCCAGUGAAACCCACUCCGCCGGUAGCGAGACCUCGCCGCCCUCGCCCGGCGAUGCAUCGGCGCACGCCGAUAAUCCGUUUGAACCCCGUCCCACGCACACUCCGACCGCUUCAUCCUGCGCUUCACGUGACGGCGACACCGGCCGGAGUCUCCGCCCUCGGCGCGGAGAGCCGGAGCCGUCCGACGCUCACGGCAGCGACGAGGCUUUGGCGUCCGAGGACACGGACGCAGACUCGGGUCCUUCCCGCUCCGCUGAGCUCCGCCACGCAAUCCAGUCUGACGGAGGCGACCGGAGAGACGGAGACCGCACGGAGGAGUCGAAUCCCGGAGGCUCGGACUGAAGUUGACGGAGACGUCGCGAGGAUUGGUAGGCUACAGGGAGAUUAUAAAGGAGCACAAAAACUGACUUUGCCACGAAAGUAACACAAACGCCAAAAAAAAAAAAAGAGACUGAAAAGAAGCAAUGAAAGCACACGACUGGAGAUCGACUCCACGCAGCCGACCGUCGCUGCAGCCGUAGCGGUUAGAAACGACGCCGCCAAGUGGCGUUUCUGUGGGCUGACUUCUACUAAAACCGUUUUUGACAUUUUUACAGAAACAUUUGCCAGCGUGGAAAAGUGCAAGCGGUUAAAAGAUCAGUUAACCCUCCUCCUCUUCCUCCUCCUCCUCCUCUCACCCGAGUUUAGAGCACUUUCUAACCUUCACAGAGAGAGGGAAAAAAAGGGAUACAAACUGUUGUUUUAAUUUGCGUGAAUGUCAUUGAUUUAGUUUUUGAUUCAAGCCACCAGACUGUAGCUCUGAUCUGCACCAGACUUCAUUGGAAGAACACCUUGUUUUACUUGAAUACUAGCGUCUUUUUUUAGCGUUAGAAAUUUAUAAAUGAAUUUACAGUUUGGUUGGUUUUGCCUGUUUUCCCUGUUUUAACAUUGUACUCCACUUAUAUUUUUUUUAUUAUGAUUCUUUUAAUUUUUAUCUGACUCUUUCUGACGGCAGUGUGUGCAGACAGGUUCAGCGUCUCCUGAAUGGGAGAAUGUUUUUUUUUUUUUUUCGUUUUGUUAAAGGAUCACACAGCUGUUUUUUAAAAUGUUUUUAUUCCAAGCACAGAUUGGUCAGCAGUGACUCAGAGUUGUUAAAGAGCGGAAGAAAGCGCGCAAAACCACCAGAGAGAAGAAGAAUUCAAACUGAUUUAAUACAAAUUACAUUAUGAAACUGUUGCAGUACUGUAGAAUUGUCACCAUCAGCCCUACUGUUCACAAUAAUGUCCACGUAGCUCACUGUGUGUGUGUGUGUGUGUGUGUGUGUGUGUGUGUGCGCGCGCGUGCGUGUGCGUGUGCGUGUGAUUGAUUGUAGUGAGGACGGAGCUUCAGUUUAAACCGACUAGGGCUGGCUUAGAAUAGUCAAUCCUCCAUUUAAAAUCAAUCUUUGUGUGCGUGAUCUAGGGCUGUGCAAUUAAUCGCAAUUUUAUCAAAAGUCGCAAUAUGAACUGGUGCAAUAUCCAAAUCGCAAGGGGGGUGUCAUAUUUGUUAAAGGCAAAAUAUGUGUAAAACCGUUCUAAAAUAAAGUACUGUGGUGCUGCGGAGACGUCCCGGCCUACACAUCCUAUCCUACAGACUACAGAAAACCGAUUUAUUUGGUACACAUCCUCGCAAAAAUCACACUUCAAUCAUUUUUUUAUUUGUUAGCUUUUUCAGUGAAAAUGAGACUGAUACAAAAACGAUCAUCCCCUCCAAUAUCGUGAAUCAUUUCGCAAUAUCAGUCAAAAUAAUCGCAAUUAGAUAUUUUCCUAAUAUCGUGCAGCCCUAACGUGAUCCGAUUUCGAUUUAUAAAAUCUAGAAAUCAAUUUUUUGAAUACUUGCAUUUUCACAAUGUAUGUAUUAGCUAAAAGUCCUUUUAAACUAACUUUUUUGGGGGUCAAUUCUUAUUGUAGACAUCAUUAUAAAGAUAUUCAAGGGUUGCUUCUUGCUUGUACAAUUUACAGCAGAAGAUCUCUGAGAAUCUUUAAUAUCCAAGCAAAAUUGGCAUUAUAACUAAAAAUUGUCCUGUCACCUAAUUGAUAUUGAAUCGUAAAUGCAAUCGAAUCGAUUCGGGAAAUCAUUGGCGAUACCUGCAGCCCUAAAACUGUGGGUCAGUGUUUUCACGGUCGACCGUGAAAACACUCUCCUUCGAUGUGUUUGACACACACACACACACACACACACACACACACACACAUUCAGCAGUCUUUGUAACCUUUCAGUGUCUUAUUUAAGAUGGAAAGAUGUCAAACCCCAAUCAGAAGUCCUCAUUAUUUUUGUAUUAUCUUUUUUUAAUUUAUUUUCAUGUUUGGAUGGUUUAAAAAUGGUGAAUGUGCCUUAUUUAAUUCACACUCAAAUAACCAAUAAUAAAGCUGGCGUUGAGACUA